UCUUUUCACUCCAAUCAAUUGCCUCCUUAUUCAAUCACCAAUCAUUCAGAUUCAUGCUUACAUCACACUGUAAUUCCGCUACGCUCAUCCUCCGUUUCGGGAUGGCAACUCCCAAACUUUCAUCCGCUGUUCCUAAUCGACUUAAAUUCGAUAUCUAUCACUCUUAUGGCACGACCGCCUUCCCGUUGGUAGCAAGUCAUUUACCUGUCUACCCCUGAACCAGAAGCUGCAGAUCCUCGAACAUCAUGUCUGAGACUGGGACAGUGCACAUAAAUAACACAAUGCCGUAGUUCACUGCAUUGCAUUAGAUCCUCAUCAACCUCAUCUGCCCGGAUCGUCCUGCUCUCAUUCAGAUCAAACAAAUGACAGAUCUCAAUCUCAAGAAAAACGUGUCUCCUCUCUUCAAGCAACUGCUGCUGCUGCUCUCUUGGAGCUGAAGCUCUGCUCUUUGAUGAUUUCCCCACCUUCCAACAUCUGGAGUCCCCAGUCCUAGAAGUUCUCUGUUGGUCAGGGUGAAGGCAUUCCAUGGACUACUACUAUGCCUUCGUCUCCUCGUUGAGCCGGAACAUGAGUUCCGUCGCAGGAGGAGGUGGAGGAGGAGCUUUGCUCACUGCUGUGCUGCCAUUACUCAAGCUCCUGUCCAUGACGCUUAUAGGCCUAAUCCUGGCCCAUCCGAGGACCCAGAUAGUCCCCAAAUCCACCUUCAGGCUCCUCAGCAAGCUGGUGUUCGCGCUGUUCCUCCCUUGCCUGAUCUUCACCCACCUCGGCCCCUCGAUCUCCCACACAAACAUCCUCCAAUGGUGGUUCAUCCCCGUGAACGUCCUCCUCAGCACCGGCCUAGGAUUCCUCCUCGGUUACCUCGUGGCAUUGAUCUGUCGGCCCCCGCCCGAGUACUUCCGGUUCACCAUAGUCAUGACUGCAUUCGGGAACACGGGCAACCUCCCUCUUGCUAUCGUCUCAUCUCUCUGCCACAAUAUGGAGAACCCAUUCGGGCCUCAAUGCUACGGGUCCGGGGUUGCUUACGUCUCCUUCUCGCAGUGGGUGUCCGUGAUUCUCGUUUACACUGUGGUGUACCACAUGAUGGAGCCACCCCUGGAAUACUAUGAUGUUGUCGAGACAGAGGACGAGGACGGGAACAGAACUGAGAUCGAGAUCGAGGAAUCAGAGUUGCCUGGGAACGAGCUGAGCAGGCCGCUCCUGGUGGAAGCUGAGUGGCCGGGAAUGGAAGACAAGGAGACGGAAAACUGCAAGACACCUUUCAUCGCAAGGCUCUUCAAGGGCAUUUCCGGGCUUUCGCAAGCAUCCAUCCCUGAUCCCGAUUCGCUCGAACACGGCCUAGGAGGAGGAAGGCCCAGCAGCCCGAAAUCAAUCAUGUGCUUAGCGGAGCCCAAGGUUGUCCGGAAAAUCCGAACAGUCGCCGAGAAAACCCCCAUCCGCCACAUCCUUCAGCCUCCCACAAUCGCGUCGGUCCUGGCCAUUUUCAUUGGGUUGAUCCCCAAGCUUAAGGGCAUCUGCUUCGGAACUGACGCCCCGCUCUCAUUUAUCACGGACAGUUUCGAUAUUCUGGCUGGUGCAAUGGUCCCUUCAGCUAUGCUCAUCCUUGGAGGGAUGCUUGCAGAGGGGCCCAAUGAGUCAAAGCUUGGGGUCAGGACCACGAUUGGGAUCAUUGUCGCUCGGCUCCUCGUACUGCCACUGAUCGGGAUUGGAGUGAUAUCACUGGCAGACCGAUGGAAUUUCCUGAUUGCUGGAGACCAACUUUACAAAUUUGUCCUGCUGCUCCAGUUCACCACCCCGAGUGCAAUCCUUCUGGGUGCGAUCGGGAGCUUGAGAGGCUACGCAAUGAGCGAAGCAUCGGCUCUACUGUUCUGGCAGCACGUUUUCGCUGUCUUUUCGAUUUCACUAUACAUCUUCAUCUUCCUUAAACUGCUCUUGUCAUACAGUUAAAGGUGGCUUGUGGGAACAUUUCCUUUUUUGGCAAAUCUUUGUCUUAAUGUGCUUUAUGUAUGCUAAAUCAGUUACUCCCUUUUCCUUUUGUGCUCUUAACUUGCAUGAGAGUUGUCGUUGUUCAUUACUA